AUGGGUUGUGUUCCGAAACGUUUCUUUGUUGCAUUUCUUCUGUUGGGAAUCUGCGAAUACGCAGCUGCUAGUUCUACUUUCCCUCUGGCACGACCUAACUGCACUGACCACUGCGGAUAUGUUAGUGUUCCUUACCCUUUUGGGAUAGGCAAAGGUUGUUAUAAGGACAAAUGGUUCGAGAUUGUCUGCAGCAACUCAUCAGACCAACAGAAAAUACUUUUCCUGCCAGGAAUUCAACGAAGAGUGACUUCCUUCAACCUUGGAAACGUUUUCACUACAUCGGUGUACAGCAAGUUUUACAUUCAGAGUCCAUUGAAAAGGUCAGGUUGUUCCAAUGGAGAUGGUGAUUCAUCGUCGUCUUUGGAUCUGAAGGAAAGUCCAUUCUUCAUAUCAGAGAACAAUAAGUUCACAGCUGUUGGAUGUAACAACAAGGCGUUUAUGAACGCCACAGAGACAGGGUUACAAAUCGUGGGAUGUGGGUCGACAUGUGAUAAUUUUUCACGGUCUUACAAAGACGCUAACCAGAGUUGUGUUGGUUACAAAUGCUGUCAGGUGACUAUACCAUCUGAUCUUCAAGUGUUUAAUGCAACUGUUGAGAAACUAAAACCAGGUAAACAAGGAUGUCAGGUCGCCUUCUUGACACAAUCCACCUUGUCAGGAUCCUUGUUUACGCCUCCUGAAUUACCAGAGUACAAUAGUUAUGCAACAAUGGAGCUCGAAUGGCGUCUUGAUCUUUCCUCGACGUCUUCAAAACGUGUGCUAUGCAUGAGCAAUACAUUUUUGGAAGAUAGAUAUCAAUGUUCGUGUAGAGCUGGUUAUGAAGGAAAUCCCUACAUACCUGGUGGAUGUCUAGACAUUGAUGAAUGCAGAGGUCCACAUAAAAUCUGUGGAAGGAGCAAGUGUGUGAACGAACUUGGAUCAUUCAGAUGUGUGAAAACUUGGCCAGCUAUGUUAGGUGGAGCUCUAAGUUCUGGAUUGUUGCUUCUGGUGGUUGGUAUGUGGUUGCUAUGCAGGGCUUAUAGAAAGCGGAAAGCAGCCAAGCAGAAGAGGAAGUUCUUCAAACGAAACGGAGGUUUGUUGUUAGAGCAGCAAACGUUCUCCCUUCAAGGCAGUGUCAACAGAACCAAACUGUUCAGCUCCAAUGACCUAGAGAAGGCAACAGAUAAGUUCAACCCUAACAGAGUACUAGGGCAAGGAGGGCAAGGUACAGUAUACAAGGGAAUGUUGGAAGAUGGGAUGAUCGUCGCUGUCAAGAAGUCCAAAGCAUUGGAAGAAGAGAAUCUUGAAGAAUUCAUCAAUGAGAUCAUCCUUCUGUCACAGAUUAACCACCGAAACGUUGUCAAGAUCUUCGGAUGCUGUCUUGAGACAGAGGUACCUCUGUUGGUGUAUGAGUUCAUUCCCCACGGAAGCCUUUUCGAUCAUCUUCAAAACCCGUCAGAAGAUUUCACAAUGACUUGGGAAGUCCGUCUCUGCAUGGCCUGUGAAGUUGCAGAUGCCCUCUAUUACCUGCAUUCAGCCGCCUCUAUCCCAAUAUACCACAGAGAUGUCAAGUCAACAAACAUCUUACUGGAUGAAAGGUACCGAGCAAAAGUGUCAGAUUUUGGGAUUUCGAGAUCUGUUCCUAUAGAUGACACUCACCUGACAACAUUAGUGCAAGGAACAGUUGGAUAUGUCGACCCUGAGUACCUUCAGUCAAGCCACUUCACAGCGAAGAGUGAUGUCUACAGCUUUGGGGUUGUGCUCAUUGAGCUCUUAACUGGAGGAAAACCUGUCUCUCUUCUGAGGCCACAAGAAGUCAGGAUGUUGGGGUCUUACUUCCUCGAAGCCAUGCGAAAUGGCAGACUUCAUGAGAUUCUCGAUGCUCGCAUCAAAGAGGAAUGUGAUCAAGAAGAGGUCCUUGCAGUAGCCAAACUUGCAAGAAGAUGUUUGAGCUUGAACUCAGAACAUCGCCCUACCAUGAGAGACGUGUUUCUCGAGCUGGACAGGAUGCAAUCCAAGAGAAAAGGCACUCAAAGCCAAGCACAGAAUGGUGAAGAGCAUGCACAAGUCCAGAUCGUGAUACCGGAGUCUAUGUCACUCAGCUACUCUUCUCCGAACAUAGUCGUUGAAAACAGCUCAUUCUCACUGGACUCAAAACCACUCAUGCCUCAGAAGACACAGACACAGUGA